GUCUACACUUCAGAGAAAACUGCGAUUUGACUUACAGUGUUGCAACAAAGUGAAAACGCGGAGUGGGCGGCGCGGAGUUUUCUCUUCACAUAACUACUUGGUUGCCUCCAACUUUCAGUUUAGCUGCUUUUGUGCAAGUCUGAAAGUUUCAAAAUGUCCAGCGACCUCAGGCCAAAGCUGUGCGUCUUAGAAAAAGGGGACAACGGCUACGGUUUUCAUCUCCACGGCGAAAAGAACAAGUCAGGUCAGUACAUCCGGCAUGUGGAAGCAGACUCUCCUGCCGCCGAGGCGGGUCUGAUGGCCGGGGACAAACUGGCGUUCGUGAACGGGGAGAAUGUGGAGGACGAGAAGCAUCAACAGGUGGUGUCCCUCAUACGAGGCAUCACGGGCAAACUGGAGCUCGUCGUUCUGGACCCAGAGACCGCAAAUCUGCUGCAGAAGCACAACUUGAAGUGCAAGAAAGAGUAUGUGAUUGAUGGGAUACCGAUACCGAGCAAUGCUGAAUCGGACCAUGAAGAGGAGUCGAAGAACGGGACACCAAGGGAGUCCACCCCCGUCCCGGAGACAAAUGGGGACAUACGCAUGGAUAGACUGAGCGUGAGCUCUAAGGAAUCAAAGAACGAGCUGCGUCCACGUCUCUGUCACAUGAAGAAGGGUGCCACCGGAUAUGGCUUUAACCUGCACACAGAGAAGACGAAACCUGGCCAGUUCAUCAGGGCGGUGGAUGAGGACUCCCCAGCAGAGAAAUCUGGACUUCGGCCCCAAGAUAAAAUAGUGGAGGUGAAUGGCAUUCCUGUGUACACAAUGCAGCAUUCAGAGGUGGUGGCGGCCAUCAAGACAGGAGGAGAUGAGACCAGACUGCUGGUGGUGGAUCCUGAGACAGACGCCUUCUUCAGAAGCUGUGAUGUGCUUCCAACUGAGAGUCAUCUCACAGGUCCUCUCCCAGAGCCUGUUUCCAGCCAUGAUUCAGAAGAUCAGGUGAAUGGAAAAGCAGCCCAGCAAGAAAAGCCUAAAGUAGCUAUGAGUUUGUCGACCUCCAGCACCUCCUCCAACACCUCCACUUCUGCAGCUCCGGCCAGCACCUCAGCACCAGAGGAGAAACCAAAAGCAAAGGCCUCAAGUGAUGACGCAGCACUAUCUCUGAACAUAUCGCUGCAGCAGGCCAAGGAACGUGCUCACCAGAAACGCUCCAACAAGAGAGCCCCACAGAUGGAAUGGAGCAAAAGAAACGAGCUCUUCAGCAACCUCUGAGCCUCCUUUGUGCCUCCCCUCUCACCCGUUUCUUUUUACUUCCUCUCCCCCUUUAUGAUUGUCUGCCCCAUCAUGCCUCUCUGCUUCUCUUUCGGUUCACUUGCACACAAUUAGAAACCCUUUCACAUGUAUAUUUUAAACCAGUGUUAUUUUGUCUGUAAUUUCUGAAUCUGUUGAUUGAUCAACUUUUGACUUGAUUUACCUCUAUAUCACCAAUAUAAGAUGAAAUAUAUGAUUUAACAUUACUGUAUAAUGUACAGACUAGAAUAUAAUUUUUUUUUUUAAAGAAGAAAGCUUAAAUGAUAUCUGAAACAUGUCUGUAUAUUCUCUUACUUUGCUUACAGUAAUAUUGAUGCAGUAUUGAUGACCCUUUGAGAGCGCUGUAGUGUCUGAUGAGCUUCUUCAGGACUAGUCUUAACCGUAGAGUUUUGAAGUAACUUUUAGAACAGCAGCAAUCAAUUGAUUUUUCUUUCUUUUUUUGGUAUGUGUGGUUAUGAUCAGUUCAUAACAUGAAGUGUAGAAACUGCAGCCUUUUGAUUUUUGUAAAUGUGAGCUGUUUAUGGUUUGGGACCCAUUAACCACUGAAAUGACAGCGUUUGACUGAGUUGAUACUGUUGGCUGAUAAACCUUCUCAUUAAAGGUUUUAUUUAAAGUG